AUGUCACAUAUUAAUGAUUUAAUUCGUAUGGUACGAGGACUACAAUUAGUAAUUGAGGCAGGUAUAAAGCUGCAACAGGAAAAUUCUAGAAUAAUAUGGAAUAACUCUUCUCUAAAAACCAUUACACAAAACUGCCCAACUAACCCUAUAUCAGCUUAUAAACCUAAGGCAGAGGAUGCUAAAGACUUACUGGAGCGAGCGGCGGUUGUAGCUCAAGGCUUUAGACAAUUUGCUGUGUUACAUAUUUCUAACUUUAGUACUGAAACAGAAACAGCUGUGCCAAUGGAUAAUGAACUACAAGAAGAAAUAGAAGAAUUGAAUAGAGAGUUCAAUAAGACAUUUGAUACAUUGAAGAAAUCACAAAAUAAUAUGUCCAAUCAGUCAUCAACAAGUAUUGAAUAUAUUUCGCCACUGGCUAAACUACGAGACAAAAGUAUGGUAUCUUCACCUGCACAAGUGACUCCCACAUCAUCAAAAAUACAAAUACCCCCUUCUAAAUCUGAAGCCGUCACAUCUAAUACUGCUAGCAGUUUGAGCACACCUAAACCAAUAGCUAAAAAGAAAAUAAGAGUAGCUCUAAGUGAGAACUCCAAAGCACGAGUGGUACCCUCAUCACGAAUAGGUAGAAUGAUAUCUUUUGGGUCACUAGCGGCGGGUCUAGGAGUCGGUACAGUUGCUCAGUAUGCUCGUAAUACAAUACAAUCAGUCACUGGGAAGGUUGAUGAGACCGCCAAUACUUUCUUGUCACCAGCAAAUGCCGAACGGAUAGUGGACACUCUUUGUAAAGUAAGAGGUGCAGCUUUAAAGUUAGGUCAGUUGCUGAGUAUACAAGAUGACACUAUGAUAUCGCCAGAGCUUCAGAGGAUCUUUGAGAGAGUGCGGCAGUCAGCUGACUUCAUGCCCACUUGGCAGGUGGAGAAAGUAAUGAGCUCCCAGCUAGGCUCUGAUUGGCGUUCAAGGGUGCAGCACUUUGAAGAAAAACCUUUUGCCGCUGCAUCUAUUGGUCAGGUCCACCUAGCAGUGUUGCAUAGUGGACAGGAGGUGGCGAUGAAAGUUCAAUACCCUGGAGUUGCUAAAGGAAUCAACAGUGAUAUCGAUAACCUAGUUGGAGUGCUAAAGGUAUGGAAUGUGUUUCCUAAGGGAAUGUUCAUAGACAACAUAGUGGAGGUUGCAAAGAAGGAGUUAGCUUGGGAGGUAGAUUACAUUCGUGAAGCUGAGUGCACCAGGAAAUUCAAAAGAUUAUUAGCGCCAUACCCUGAGUAUUUUGUACCAGAAGUUGUAGAUGAUCUUUGCGCACCUGAAGUGAUCACCACGGAGCUGAUAGAUGGCAUGCCGAUCGAUAAAUUGUUCGAUGCUCCGUACGAGACUCGCUUAGAUAUAGCCUCCAAGAUCAUGAGGCUUUGUCUCCGCGAGAUGUUCGUACUGCGAUGUAUGCAGACGGACCCCAAUUGGGCGAAUUUCUUUUACAACACCAACACGAAACAAGUGAUUCUCCUUGAUUUUGGAGCAACACGCGAGUAUUCCAAACAAUUCAUGGACCAAUAUAUCGAAAUAAUCAAGGCGGCCUCGGAAGGCAACCGCGACGCCAUCUUGCGGAUGUCACGCGAAAUGAAGUUCCUUACCGGAUAUGAAUCAAAGAUCAUGGAAGAGACCCACGUGGACACAGUCAUGAUAAUGGGCGAAGUAUUCACGAGCAGUGGUGACGGCGAGUUCGACUUCGGCACACAGAAAACGACACGUCGCAUACAAGCUUUAGUGCCCACAAUAUUAACGCACAGACUUUGCCCCCCGCCCGAGGAAAUAUACUCGCUGCAUAGGAAACUCUCCGGCGUCUUCCUGCUCUGUUCCAAAAUGAAGAUCAAAAUGAACUGCCGUGAUAUGUUCAACGAUAUCUAUGAUCAGUACAAGGCUGAUAGUUUCAGGUAAGCUCUAUUUGGUUUGUUCACACUGAAUGCUUUCCGUUUUAACACCAAUUGAAUUUGGCCUUCGCGGUAAAUUGUUAAAUAAUGAUAUUAAAAACUUUAAAAUUUCUUAUAAUUAUUAAAACAAUAAACAAAAUGUUGUCAUAUACAAAAUUACAAUCGAUUUUUACCCUUGUCUAUUGAAGAGAAAGUUCAGUUUUGAGUGCGGUAAAUUGUUAUUUUGUCUGAACCAGAUGUGUAUGUACAACAAUUGGUACUUAAUUCUAGUAACAUUUGCUUCUAACAAAAUUUUGUUUAGUCUAUCUCAAAGAUCAAGAACUACUUUAAUAACAAAUAAUUUGCAAACUGUCCUUUUUAUUUUCGUGUCGAAUAAAUCUAUUUUAUGUUAACGCUACAUUAAUUCUGCUUAUUGAUAGAUGACGUUGAAUUAUUUUUCUUUUUUUAGUAGACAGCAAAAUAUGCUCAUUAAUAAUUAUUAAAACUAUCUAGCCAUCCGGUGUAAUUUGAUCACAGGGUUUGCGGUCUGCAUUUAGUGUAACAAAUUUCUUAACUUACUAUUAGUAAGAGUAAAAUUCAGUCGCCGG